GACCCCCGCAGCAGCUUACCCCACGAUUUCGGAUUCGGUUCUACGAUAGGAUCACCAUCUUCCCAAUUGCGACAAUCUCGACAGUAGACCAUACCCUUGCGCAAGGCCUGCAGUUUUCUACCGGUCCGGUCCAUUUACUGACGCUUGCGCCUUUUACCUGUAUACGGUUACUGCCUACCUACUACCUGACAAUUGACCCAGCACGCACCACUCAUCCGUUUCCCUGCGCAACAGAAGGAUCCUUUCCUACGGCCACGAUGAUUCUCAAUCCGUUCAAACGAGACCACUCCAACUUCCCCGGGGUUGUUAUUCCCCUUGCUGGUGCUCCUGCACCUUCACACCCAAGCGACGCUCCCGAAAGCAAAGUCCACCCAGAUGACAAGCCGGAUGAGAAGAGCCUGAGCAAGUCUCCUUCCGAGGAGCACGGUGCUGGCUCGUUGUCUGAGGACAAUACUAGCCCAUUGACCCUUGACGCUCUCCGCGCAGAGGUUGAGGCGGAUCUAGUCACCUCGGGCCAUGACUCGGCGUAUGAUCGCAAAGCAAAGGUAAUCAACAGAGCCAUCCAGGAUAUGGGCAUGGGCCGUUAUCAAUGGGAGCUGUUUGCUCUCUGCGGAUUCGGUUGGCUAGCGGAUAAUCUUUGGCUGCAGGGAGUUGCCCUAACACUGACCCAAGUGGCCUACGAAUUCAACGUCGAUGAGAAUCGAGUCCGUUUCACCACUUGUGCCCUGUUCUUGGGUCUGUGUAUUGGUGCCUCGUUCUGGGGUAUUGCUUCGGAUAUCAUCGGACGUCGCCCGGCCUUUAACCUGACCCUUUUCAUCUGUGGUGUCUUUGGUAUUGCUUCGGGUGGCGGUCCAAACUGGAUUGGAACCUCUGCCUUGUUCGCUUGUCUUGGUCUCGGUGUGGGUGGAAAUUUGCCCGUCGACGGAGCGCUCUUUUUGGAGUUCCUGCCUUGCGCCUCGGGAAAUCUUCUGACCAUGCUGAGUGUGUGGUGGCCCGUUGGUCAACUUAUUUCCAGUCUGCUCGCAUGGGCUUUCAUCCCCACCUACUCUUGCUCGAGCUACGAUACCUGCACCAAGGAAAAUAACAUGGGUUGGAGGUACUUCGUAUACACGUUGGGUGCCAUCACCUUUGUCAUGUUUCUUUGCCGUUUCUUCCUAUUCCAUCUGUACGAGUCGCCCAAGUUCUUGCUCUCCAAGGGUCGCCAGGACGAGGCCGUUGCUGCCGUUCAUGGGAUUGCCUACAAGAACAAGACCCAGACAUGGCUCACCAAUGAAAUCCUCAACGAAAUCGGUGGCUACCCGGAUGACACCCCCGAGCAGACCCUCAACAACAAGCAGAUUAUCCAGCGUGCUCUUUCCAAGUUCUCUCUCGACCGUGUUAGACCCCUGUUUGCAACCAAGAGGCUAGGUGUUACCACCGUCCUCAUCUGGUUCUGCUGGGCUACUAUUGGCAUGGGAUACCCUCUGUUCAACGCUUUCCUGCCCCAGUAUCUCAAGAACGCAGGUGGCGACUCUGCCACCGAUAACUACACCGUCUACCGCAACUACGCCAUUACUUCCGUCGUCGGCGUCCCGGGCUCCAUCCUGGCUUGCUACACUGUCGAAAUCAAAUACAUCGGCCGUAAGGGUACCAUGGCUAUCUCAUCCUUGAUCACCGGUGUUAUUCUCUUCUGCUUCACCGCCUCCACAGACUCGGACAUCCAGCUCCUCUGCUCCUGCCUCGAGGCCUUCUUCCAGAACAUCAUGUACGGUGUCCUUUACGCCUACACCCCCGAGGUCUUCCCCGCUCCAGUCCGCGGUACCGCUACCGGUAUUUCCAGCUGUCUGAACCGUAUCGCCGGUCUUUGCGCUCCCCUGGUCGCCAUCUACAGCUCUGGCGCCGAUCCCAACUCUCCCAUCUACGCCUCAGGCGCUUUGAUCCUGGCUGCCUUUGUUGCUAUGUGUCUGCUUCCCAUUGAGACAAUGGGCAAACAGACCCUGUGAUAGAAUUGUUUUUUUCUUGGACAUUUUACCGGAGACAGAUAUAUUCAUCUUACCUGCCUCCGCCCCAUUUUUUCAUCUUGUUUCAUAUCUUUUUUUUUUUUUUUUUGUGUUUUUUAAAUACCAUUUCCUCAUUUUACCUCUUGCUGUUUCACUGCCCAAAUACUUGCUUUUGCGGUAUGAAACAGCAAAACAACAAAAAACAAAGCACAUAUACUUCUACGUGCAUAUUGCUAUAUACUUACAUGUUUGAUCUUCAGGACAUACCACACCCACACUUCUUUGGGCCUGUCUGGUUAGUUGGCCUUUUUUUAUGAUUGGAUAUGAUAUGAUAGAAUUACCUCUACCCUACCCCCUUUGCUCUGCAGGAUAAGGUAUUGACCCAUUUCUUGCCUUGUUUAUAUGUUCUGUACAUAUAUACCCUCGCUACGAACCCUACCUAUGCAUUUGGAAGCAUUUAUUUGCCUUCACUCUUCUUUCUUGCUUUGCUUGUAUCUCAGCGA